AAAAAACAGAGAGUGACCCUAAAAAGCAGUGAAAGACCAGCAGUCUCUCUCGCAGAGGAAUUAACCCCACGCUUUACUCUCUCCCGCUCUCUGCUAGGGUUUUAGGGGCAAGGGUUUCUCGUAAAAAUCCGAAAUCCGAAUUCAAGCCAUGGAUAGGUACCAGAGGGUCGAGAAGCCGAAGCCCGAGUCUCCGAUAAACGAGAAUGAGAUCCGAAUCACCACUCAAGGCGCCAUCAGGAACUACAUCAGCUAUGCCACCACUCUUCUCCAGGAAAAACGUGUUAGAGAGAUUGUCUUGAAAGCAAUGGGGCAGGCAAUCAGCAAGACGGUAGCAAUUGCAGAGAUUUUAAAGAAGAGAAUCCCCAGGUUGCAUCAAGAUACUGCCAUUAGCUCAAUAAGCAUAACUGAUGUAUGGGAACCUAUUGAAGAGGGUCUAGUACCUGUGGAGAUGACUCGCCAUGUCUCAAUGAUUUCAAUCACCUUAUCUCCUGGAGAGCUAAACAAAAAUUCUCCUGGGUACCAAGCUCCACAUUAUGCUGAACAACCAAAGCCACAAUCUACUUAUCAGCAGCAACCACCACCAAAACAAGCUCGUCCUGUGUACAAUGCUGUUAAUGAAGAUUCAUAUGGCCGAGGACGGGGUCGUGGUAGAGGAAGAGGGCGGAGUUGGGGCAGGGGUGGAUAUGGGAACUACCAAGGUGGAUAUGGGAACUAUCAAGGUGGAGGUGGAUAUGGAUUUUAUCAAGGUGGAUAUGGAAACUAUCAAGAUAAUGGUGGAUAUCCAAACCGGGGCCGAGGAGGUGGGCGAGGCAGAGGUUGGGGCUAUCGUGGUACGGGAUAUGAAAGAGGUAACCAGGCAUAUGAAAGAGGUAUGGGAUAUGAAAAAGGUAACCAGACAUACGAAAGAGGUACGGGUUAUGAAAGAGGUAACCAGGCGUACGAAAGAGGUAAUCAGGCGUAUGAAAGAGGUACGGGAUAUGAAAGAGGCCGAGGGGGAGGGGGUAGAGGGUAUGGCCGUGGCCGGGGACGGAUGGGUGGCCGUGGAAGGGGUGGUGGCAACCUGGAAUAGUCCUUUUUUUUUUUUUUUUUUGGCUUUAGCUAAAUGCUUGCCUUGGCCUGUGGGUUGAAUGUAUACGAGUACAGUGGUAAUAGCGUGAAAUAUGGUUCACAAUCUCCAGCAUUAUUAUGCGGUGUUUUUAAAAGUGUUUUUCAUUAUAUGGAUGUGGGCAAGGUUGUUCUGCUCAUCUGUUGCAUCUACCCAAAGAUCAUUGUGGUGGGUUUAUGAGUGCUGUAAUUCAUUUACCCCUUUGGUUUCCAAUACACCCUUUUGUAUUUAUAUUUUCCUCCCGUUAUUUCUUUAAAGAAUUUCUUUUUUCUC